AUGUCCCCACGUGCAUUACGCGUUGUUCGACGAGGAGAGGCGUCGCAGCUACACGAGCAGCAGCAAGAGGAGCUGGUGGGACGGGAGGGAAUAGCAGCACCUGGGGAGGUGGCGGAGGAACAGGAGACGGCGGGGGGCGAGGUGGCUGCGGCCGCGGCGGCAGUGGAAAACGGCGCAACAGCGACUGAGCCAGAGGCGGCUGUGGCGGUUGAGGCUGCAGAUGCUGCGGGGCCGGAGGUGGUUGCUGCUGAGGCGACUGGGGCGGCGGUUGCAGUUGAGCGUGGCGGGCCUGACGCUGCCUUUGGCAGCGGCUCAGCUUCACCCUCUGCCAUCCCCCAGGCGUUGCAACCAGAGGUGCUGGGCCCGGCAGUGGCUUUGGAACAGACAGAGGAGGCGGAACUGGCGGUGUCACCGGAGCCUGUAACGGCGGCUGUGCUGGAAGCGGUGGUGACAGCGGCGGUAGGGGAACAGUACGGAGACCAGGCCGAGGAGGAUGAGCCGACCGCCGGUAUGAGCGCCGAAACAUCUGCUGCUGCCGAGGGCGCAAGCACGCAGGGGCACGGCCAGGAGGGGAGUGAUAGACGGGGUCACAGACCCGGCGUAGCUGCCUGCGCCGCCCGCGGGAAGGCAGGGAAGAAGAAGCUUCGAGCCCAGCCAGCGCCGAGGCGGCCCGGAGCAGGGCUGGGACCUGGUCCCCCAGGACCCCUCCUGGGCUGGCUUCUGCAAGGGCAGUUGCCACGAGCGCAAGGGCGUCAAUUGCCAUCUGCGGGGACGAGCGGUGGAGGCAUAGAAGCAGAGAACGACAUUAGGCAAGCAACCACCGUCAACAACAACUCGCCAGCAGCCGCAGCAGUAGACACAGCAGUGCAACAAACACCCCGCCGUGAAACACGGAGCACAACACGCGCCCAGGGGAUUACCUGGGGACAACCGCGAGGUCACCAGGCAGUCCCGGCUAACACGCCGUGGAUCCCGGCGGGCCGAGCACCACAGGCCGGGCGAGGUGGACGAAACGCUGAGAAUUUGGGUAGGGGAGGCGCAACUGCAGGCAUGGGGAGAGUCGGAGCCCGCGGGGCACGAGGCGGACGGAGAGGAGGUGGCGCAAUCGUUGGUGGAAGAGAGGCGCUGCUGCGGUCGGGAACGUGGCGGGAGCGCCACGAUCGCCCUGAACAGGUGGCGGAUCCCACGACUCAGAAUGAAGCAGAUGCUGAAAGGGGUGAGGACGGGGAGGAUUAUGAAGCUUCGGCUUCGAUGCCCUCGGAAGAAAUCUCGUUGGAAGAGGAAGGAGAGGGGACAACUAGAGGGGAGCGAAGGCGACAGGAGGAGAGGAGAAACCCUCGGGAGGAGAGGGUGAACGAGGAAGCCCCAAAUGAGGGACAGAGUGACCCAGGGGCCAGAUCACCAUCUGACUUGGCGGACGACUCUUCCAUCUGGGAGAUGGCAGCCACGUGGGACAAAUAUCCACUCCAAAAAGGGGAUCAACCCUUCGUGGUACGCAGAAUGCCGCCCAAGAUCCUGGAGAGCUACACGCUCUGCCUCCUGGCGCCACUCAUUCGACUCUCAAAAAAUCCUGACUGCCCAGGUGCAUGGGCGAUCCUACAGUACUUACCGAGGCUGACGCUACGUCCGGCACCUGAACCUGUUGAAGGCAGCCGGUGGACAGCAAUAGAGCUGCGCCUGCACCAGUUCCAACUCGGCACCUGGCAGCCCCUCUACACCGACGCGUGUGUCAUCCCCGACAAUGAGAGUCCGGUACGACACCAACCGGACGAUGCAGGUUUAUGCGCCAGAGCGGAGGGGUUGAUAAGGAAAGGAAAUAUUUCCAAAGCGGUAGCAGCGUUACGAACUACACCGCUCGCAGAAGCCACGGCGGCAACAUUGACGGCACUCCAAGCGAAACACCCCGCAGCUGAAACAUCGCUACCAGGCCUGGUUACCGGGUUCAACCGCUCGACCCUCAGCGUGUCGACAGACGAGCUUCGCGAAAUUCUCAAGAAAUGUCCGAACGGGGUUGGAGCAGGCCCAUCAGGCACCUGCUUCGAACACCUCAAGGAUCUAGCACUGGCAAACGGGGAGGUGCUUAUCCUACUCGCUAAGACAGUGACUUACCUGCUGAGCACGUUCCAAACUCAAUCGACCCGCGACCUGCUGCUACCUUCACGAUCACUACUAAGAGACGACGACACACGAGUAGCGCUACAGCUGGACAUAGAAAACGCCUUCAACAGCGUCGAACGGGCGGCUUUCUUCAACGCUCUCUCCUAG